AUGGCUUCGAGUGGCUCACCUCGCGAAAGGCGCGGAGCUUCACCGUCAGGCAACGCUACAGAGAAGCACGACAGCUUCAGCAGAACUCCGGCAAGCCAUCGAUUGUCUGCCAAGUCGUCCAUGACCAAGAACUCGUCUCCAGCUGCAAAGUCUGAUGGUGCCACUGCCAUUCGGGCCUCGCGUCUUCAGGGCUCGCCACAGGAGGUUCGCAAGCCAUCAAGCACCAUGGAAGACAUCCUCGCCAACUUGAAGCUUAAUGACUCUCGAAAGAUGACACCCAAAGCCAGCCAGCUCAACAACACCAAGGCCAAGGACGAUGCUAAGUUCGACAAGCUUGUUGCCAACCUUCAGGAGCAGAACGAUGCUCUCAAAGAACAAGGCCGUGAGUUGAAAGAGGACACUCGGUCCAACAACCAGAAACCCAGUGACAAUUCGUCGUCUUCUGGACGCUACACCGAGUCCUUCGCAGUCAUCUCUAGCUCUGGCUCGGAACAAGGCAGUCGCUACGAUAUCGCUGAAAUGCUGCGCAUCAAACAAGAGCUCCACGCUGCCAAAACCGUCAUCUCGCGCCAGGAACAAGAACUUGCAGAGACUCGCAACCUCAAGCACACUAUGGAACAGGCUAUUGGUUCCUCUGAGCAUGACUACGCUCAGCACGACAUCUCAGAGCAGACCAUCGGUCACCUCCAGAGUGCUUUCAAUGCCUCCGCUCGUCCAUUUACUUCGAAGAAUGUCGCCUGGCGCGGACCGGAUAAGGCCCGGUCUGACUCAGACUUCUCUUCUGCAAGUAUGAAUCCCCGCAACUGGGAGCAGGUUUCAGGAAACGUCCAUGGAUACAACAACAACCUCAACAGCAUGAUGGGCACUCAGCGAAGCCAGCAGUUCCCGGGUCCAUACCAGCAGGGUCCGAUGGACACAGACUCUUAUGCUGCUCAGCGAUCCUUCUCAAGUUCUUCAUCCUCCCUCGGCUACGAUGCUCGUCAUGCUAAGGAUAUGGCGAUGUACGGUCUCAACCCUCUUGGACGACGCAACACUCAGUUGCGUGGCAAUCCCAACAUGUUGGACCAGCUCUCUCUUGGCCCUCUCGGCAACUCUGGAAUCUCGCCACCCAUCAGUCCGCUCAGCAUCGAUGAGCAGUUCGCUUUGGCUCAGCAGGCUAGCAUGGGUCUGCAGCCAUCUCCGGUCACACCAGGCUUCCCUGCUCCACAAGGUCCAGGUCAAGGCUGGCUAGGUCCGCCAUUGGCUGGUAAUCAGACCUAUGUCACCCCCCUCGAGCCUAUGAACUAUCGCCGCCUCCUGGAUAAGUCUGUGUCAUGUGACUGGAAGUACAUUGUCGACAAGAUUGUCUGCAACAACGACCAGCAGGCCUCGAUCUUCCUGCAGCAGAAAUUGAAGGUCGGUACAGCUGAGCAAAAGUUCGACAUUGUUGAAGCUAUUGUGAACCAAGCAUACCCACUGAUGGUGAAUCGUUUUGGCAACUUCCUCGUCCAACGCUGCUUCGAGCACGGCACACCAGAACAAGUCGUCGCCAUUGCUGAGGCUAUCCAUGGCAAUGUCAUUGCACUUAGCAUGGAUCCUUUCGGUUGUCACGUCAUCCAGAAAGCCUUCGACUCUGUACCUGAGGAGCACAAGGCUGACAUGGUUCGAGAGUUGCUUCGACGCAUCCCUGACACUGUCAUCCAUCGCUAUGCUUGUCACGUCUGGCAGAAGUUGUUUGAGCUUCGUUGGUCAGGCGAGCCGCCACAGAUCAUGGUCAAAGUCAACGAGGCUCUCCAAGGCAUGUGGCACGAGGUUGCUCUGGGUGAGACUGGCAGUCUCGUCGUUCAGAACAUCUUCGAAAACUGCGUUGAAGAAGAGAAGCGUCCUGCCAUUGAAGAAGUCAUCACCAAUAUCGACCUCAUCGCUCACGGUCAAUUCGGCAAUUGGUGCAUUCAGCACCUUUGCGAGCAUGGCUCGCCUCCCGAUAAGCGUCGUGUCAUCGAUCACAUUCUCACCAACUCGUACAACUACAGCAUUGACCAAUUCGCUUCUAAAGUCGUCGAAAAAUGCCUCAAGAUCAGUGGAAUGGAUUUCUUGGAUCGCUAUCUUGGUGUUAUCACUACCGCUCGUCCAGACCGUCCUCGAAUUCCGCUCAUAGACAUUGCUGGCGACCAAUAUGGCAACUACCUGAUUCAAUGGAUCUUGAUGAAUGCUCAUCAUCAUCAACGCGAACAGGUCGCUGUCCACAUCCGGAAGCACAUGGUUUCUCUUCGUGGGUCCAAGUUCGGCUCCCGUGUGGCGAUGCUCUGCUGCAACCCAGGUAUGGCGACCCGUCCAGGACCUGCACCCGUUGCCAACCCGUACGGUGCUCCCGGCCAGUCACGCAAUGGAUGGACUCGCGGCUUUCGAGUUGUCUGA